CUUAGUUAGCAUGCAGGCAGUAUUAUGCAGGCAGUAUUGUGCAGCAGUAGUGGACUCCCCGCAGGGAUGCCGAGGGUUCGAUAGAUUGCGGUUUAAAUGGCUGACAGAAAGGAGUAACGCUGCUGCAAACACUUUGUGAUCAUUCAGCAAGUGUCUAGAGACUAUAAAUUGUGAUACAAUGGAGCAAGAAUUUGAAGACAUUGAUUCGUCCGGGAAAUGGCAAAACCUAUACAAUGAAAUCCGUAACCAAGCCAGUGAAUAUCCUUACAAAGUGGCAAAACUUCCAGUGAAUCGGAAUUUGAACCGCUACAGAGAUGUGAGCCCAUAUGAUCACAGUCGGGUAAAACUUGAAAACUCUGAAAAUGAUUACAUCAAUGCAAGUUUAGUCAUGGUGGAAGAAGCCCAAAGAGCUUACAUUCUUUCUCAGGGACCGUUAAGGAAUACCUGUGGCCAUUUCUGGCUGAUGAUUUGGGAGCAGUGUUCUAAAGCUGUUAUAAUGCUCAACAGAGUCAUUGAAAGGGGAUCUGAAAAGUGUGCACAGUACUGGCCCACCACAGAAGAGCUACAGAUGUCUUUCACAGACACGGGGUUUGUUGUCAGGCUACUUUCAGAGGAAGACCAAUCCUGUUACACAAUCCGAGUGCUAGAACUGCAAAAUACAAAGACAGGGGAGUCGAGGGAGAUCUACCACUUUCACUACACCACAUGGCCAGACUUUGGUGUCCCAGAAUCUCCCGCUUCCUUCCUUGACUUCCUCUUCAAGGUUCGGGAGUCUGGCUCAUUGGAUCCAGUAAAUGGACCCUCAGUGGUGCACUGCAGCGCUGGGAUUGGACGCUCAGGAACCUUCAUUUUGGUGGACACCUGCCUGGUCCUGAUGGACAAGUGGAAGAAUCCCUCAUCCGUGGACAUACAGAAGGUGCUACUGGACAUGAGAGAGUACCGCAUGGGCCUGAUCCAGACCCCCGACCAGCUCCGCUUCUCCUACAUGGCUGUUAUCGAGGGAGCCAAACUCAUCUUGACAGACAACUCAGGACCACAGCAAAACGAGGAGAGCGUGCUGCCCAGAUCUGCCCUUUGCUUGGAGCCAGAUCUGCCCCCUCCACCACCUCCACCCAGACCUCACCUCAGUGACAGCAGGCCCAACGGCCAGCCAGGACCCUGCCUGGAGCCAGAGGCUGCCUCAGGAGACCACCUGCUGGCAAAAGAGCCAGACGCUCACAACCACACUGCGGCACACAAACCUGGGCAUGUCAGAAAGCGACACCGUAAGGAGAGGAUUGCCAGCACCGCACAGAAGGUCCAGCAGAUGAAACAGAGACUGACUGACUCUGAGAGGAAACGAGAGAAGUGGCUGUAUUGGAAGCCCGUUCUACUCAGCGUUGGUGCUGGGGCAGCUUUGGCUGUUGGCCUGCUGGUUUACUGGACGUACUCCCAGUGAAACAUUCCGGGUCACUUAAAAUCAACUCUUACUUUGCACCAGUACCAGGGAUUAGGUACUUCUUUCAGUAGAUUUAGAAGGUAAUACACUAUAUUGCCAAAAGUAUUCACUCACCCAUUCAAAUCAUUGACUUCAGGUGUUCCAACCACUUCCAU